GUCUGCAAUGGUAUCAGGAAGUUCUAGACUGGAGUCAAGCAUAUGAGGCAGAAUGCAUGAUUCCAGACGGCGCUAACAGGAGGACGGCCGAUGAGACUACCGCCAUACUGCUGUACGACGUGCCAGAGUUUUUGAAAGACGCCGGCUUAAAAGUCGUGACUGCUUCGAUGGAUGACCGUCUGAGAAAAGCCAUGAUGUAAGCUCGAAAGAGUGCGCUCUCAGAUUGUCACGCAUGUUGACCCGGCUGCAGGUACCCUAAGCCACCGGCCAGUUACCAGAAGAUAGUGAACGUCGCACUCCGUGCCCGCGCUUUCAUGUUACGUUACUUUGCACUACCCCGGCCAUACGUGUUGCGUGUGCAAAAAUCGACAGAACAUCCGGACAAGCAAAACAGAUACUUUUGGUUAGAUUGGGAACCAGAGCCAUGGUAUGUGAAAGACAGCUUUGUCAACCGCUGGCGUCCUCUGGCUUGGUUCAAGUGGAUCACUGGACGGCCUUAUCCCGGCAAUGGAGAGUACAGAAGCCAAGGCUACCUCAUCCACAAGGUUGGCCCUGUGAAACUCGAGGGAAAGGGUAUGGCCCAGUUUAAAGCAGGUAAAGAAAGACUGAUGGCUCAAGGGCGAGGCGGCUGUCCUUUUGCGCCCUGAAGAGGGAUAUUCC